CUUCCAAAGUUUGAAAAGAACUUUUAUACCGAACAUCCCAAUGUUAUGUCUCGAUCACAAGUGCAAGUUGAGGAGUACCGGAGACGACAUGAUAUGAAGGUCUUUGGUCGUGACAUUCCAAAGCCAGUUGAGACUUUUGAAGAAGCCAAUUUUCCAGGUAACUAUAAACAGGUUUUUAUUCUUUUUGAAACUUUAUUUGCUGCCACAUAUCUGACACACUUUUACGACGUAGCCUACGUAUUGAAAGAAGUGCUUGAAUUGGGCUUCACAGCACCUACACCAAUCCAGUCUCAAGGGUGGCCGAUGGCGCUUUCAGGUCGUGAUGUUGUGGGUAUUGCUGAAACCGGAUCUGGUAAAACACUCGCUUACUGCCUACCAUCAAUUGUUCACAUCAAUGCUCAACCCUUCCUCGAACCUGGUGACGGUCCAAUCGUACUUAUCCUUGCACCAACUCGUGAGUUGGCUGUACAAAUUCAACAAGAAUGUACCAAAUUUGGAAAAUCAUCAAAAAUCAAGAACACCUGUGUUUAUGGUGGAGUUCCUAAAGGUCCUCAGGCUCGUGAGCUAGCUCUCGGAGUCGAAAUCUGCAUUGCUACACCAGGAAGACUAAUAGAUAUGUUAGAGUCUAGGAAAACUAAUCUUCGUCGAGUUACGUAUCUUGUUCUUGAUGAAGCAGACCGAAUGUUGGAUAUGGGAUUCGAGCCUCAGAUUAGGAAAAUCGUUGAACAAAUUAGACCAGAUAGACAAACACUCAUGUGGAGUGCAACCUGGCCUAAAGAAGUUAAACGACUGGCUGAAGAUUAUCUGACAGAUUUUAUUCAAGUUAACAUUGGUUCACUUGAUUUAUCAGCAAGUCAUAAUAUAAGCCAAACUGUUGAAGUUUGUUCAGAAUAUGAAAAGCGAAUGAAGUUGGUUAAACACCUCGAACGCAUCAUGGAUCAAAAAGAUAAUAAAACAUUAAUUUUCACUGGUACCAAACGCACGGCAGACGAAAUCACCAAAUAUUUACGUCAAGAUGGAUGGCCAGCACUUGCAAUUCAUGGAGACAAGGCACAAACUGAACGUGAUUGGGUGCUAAGUGAAUUUCGAAGCGGAAAAUCACCUAUAAUGGUGGCCACUGAUGUUGCAUCCAGAGGAAUUGGUGCAUCUCCUCAAAAAAAACUAAAGAAAGAUAGCAUUAGUAAUGAGAAAAAAGUACUGGUUGAAACGAGAACAAACGACAAAGGGUAUAGGUUUUAUGCGGGUUACACCGGGUCUUGUUUGAUGUUUGAUACGGGGAAACUGAGAUUUGGAUUGAGCUAUGGCUAA